GAAUGACGAGAUUGACACCGCCUAAAAAGCCGAAGCGCUCUGUGCUUGCUUCCUGGCGGGAUUACGUAGGCGCAGGCAGCCCUCCUUAAAUUCCGAGAUACCACGUCGCUUGCCCCUGUGUCCCGCGGGCCGUUUUUCGCUUGAGAGCCGAGGCUUGGGACAGAGACAUGGCUGCGGAGGUGGAGAUGGGUGGAGGCGAGGCGCUGCUGGAGGAGGGCACCGGCGGCACUGGCGCAAGGCGGGGCGGCAGGAAGCCGCUGGGGUGGAGGUGCAUGCCCUUCAUCAUAGCAACCGAGACAUUUGAGAAGGUGGGGUCAGUUGGGGUGGCAGCAAAUCUCACGGUCUAUCUUGUCAACCGCUACAACAUUGGGAAGCUCGCGGCAGCAAACAUCACCAACAUUUUCUACGGUACGCUCAACUUUGCGCCGUUACUAGGCGCCUUCAUCUCCGACGCCUACUUGGGAAGGUUCAGAACCCUGGCCUACGGAUCCUUCUUUAGCCUCCUGGGGAUGCUGGGAUUGACUUUGUCUGCAUCAGUUCCAGCUCUCAAACCACCAGGCUGCAGUCAGACAGCCCAAUUGGGUGGUCACUGCAACAGUCCAUCAACACUCCAGCUGAGCGUGCUAUACAUAUCUCUAGCGUUUCUAACCAUCGGCGGUGGAGCAAUCCGACCAUGCAGCUUGCCCUUUGGAGUAGACCAAUUCGAUAUGACUGAUGAAAAAAGCCGAAAGGGACUGAAUAGCUAUUAUAACUGGUAUUAUGGCACAACUACUGCUGCCCUGGUGUUCUCCAUGACUAUUCUCAUCUACAUCCAGAAUAGCAUCAGCUGGCCAAUAGGAUUUGGCAUUCCCACAUUCUUCAUGCUUAUGUCAAUCAUCAUUUUAUUCAUGGGCACUAGACUUUAUGUCCAUGUACCACCAGAAGGAAGCAUCUUCACUGGAAUUGCCCAAGUUUUAGUGGCAUCAUUUAAAAAGAGAAGACUCAAGCUUCCGCAUCCUGACAAUAUAAAUCAACAAGAGUUGCUGCUCUUCAGUCCUCCGAUAGGUGGCCACCGUAUUUUCAGAUUGCCACUUACUUCCCAGUUCAGGUGUCUGAACAAAGGUGCGAUUGUAAGGGAUGGUGAUAUAAAUGAUGACGGUUCUGCAAGAAACUCAUGGGAGCUUUGCAGUAUCCAGCAGAUAGAAGAGGUCAAAUGUUUGUUAAGAAUUGUGCCUAUCUGUAUAUCUGGCAUCAUAUGCUUCGUCGCGUUGGCUCAACAAUUCACAUAUAUAAUCUUGCAAACAUUAACAAUGGACUGUCACCUUGGAACACAUUUUGAAAUCCCUGCAGGCUCUGUCAUAUCCAUAUCCUUAAUCGCCCUAACUGCAUUCCUGCCGAUUUAUGACCGAAUAUUGGUACCUAUAGCUAGAAGAUUCACCAGAGUGGAAAGUGGAAUUACACUUCUUCAGAGACAGGGUAUAGGAUUGGUGAUUUCUCCCAUUUCAAUGGUGGUAGCAGGGCUUGUUGAACACAAAAGGAGAAACUCAGCAUUGUCUAAUGGAGGAAAAUCACCUAUGUCAGUCUUGUGGCUUGCCCCCCAAUUGAUUUUAAUGGGUAUUGCUGAGGCCUUCAAUGCAGUUGGACAAAUAGAAUUCUAUAAUAAGCAGUUUCCAGAGCAGAUGCUAACCCUAGCAGGAUCCCUCUUUUUCGUUACGUUAGCUGGAGCAAACUACUUGAGUACUGCUCUGGCAAACAUUACAAGGAAAGUGACUACCAGAGAUGGCCACACAAGCUGGUUGACAGAUGACAUUAAUCUUGGCAAGCUUGAUUAUUACUUCUAUUUCAUUGCCCUCAUAGGAGUACUGAACUUUUUCUACUUCCUUAUAUGCUCACACUACUAUCAAUAUAAAUCCAUGUCACUCCAUGCUGAAGAGUCCAUCAAAGUACACACCAAGGAAGAGGCAGAAGCAGAGGUCGACGCGAAUACAGAUGCACCUAAAAAAUAAGUAUUGGGAAGGAAAUUUGUCCUGCAGAGAGUAUAUACUUGGAAAAUUGUCAACAGACUUUCCUGUUUCGUAAUAUGGCACAGGACUUUAUUAUCUUUUUAAUGUGACGAAGAACUAAUGUAGCGUAGUUUAGCCAGGAUGUAUGACUGUUAUCCAAAGAGCAUCAAUGAAGAGCUAAAAGGUCUAUUGUAUUCCAAUUUGAUGAAGUGUGAGUUUCUGGAACAUAAUGACGCCAGCGAUAUUUUUGUCGAACUUAAUUAAGUCAGUAGUGUGUCUGCAGCAAGUA